CCGGAACGCCCCAUACAGUUGUACAUGCUUCACCUGUGCCUCACCGCCGCCGCGUGGACCUCCGAACUCGCCAACGACGCCGCGUCUUCGCCGCGCGUGCUCGUCACGGGCGCAACUGGUCGCACGGGUAGCGCGCUCUACCUCCAGCUCAAGGCCGACAGCCGCAUCGCCGAGGUGCGGGCGCUUGUCCGGAACGUCACAAAGGCGCGAGAGCUGCUCGGCUGCAAGGCGUGCGACGAGAGCGAAGGGGUGUUCGUGGGCGACGUGACCAAGCCGGAGACCCUCACCGCCGCGUCGACGGGCGUCGACACCGUCGCGAUCGCUGCCGCCGUCGGCGGAGGCGCCUCACAGAAGGAGAUGCGAGCCGUCGAGUUCGACGGCGUCGAGCACCAGGUCGCGGCGCUCGCGCAGCAGAACGCGCGCGCGCUGCCUUCGCUGCGCGUCGUCCUCUGCUCGUCGAUGGGAACGACCGACCCCAAGCCAGCCCCCUUCAAGGGCGGCUCUGUCCUCUUUUGGAAGCUGAACGCAGAGGCUUUCCUGCUGGGCUCCGGAGUUGGCUCCACCAUCGUCAAGCCGUGCGGCCUCUCGAGCGGCGAGGCGGGCAUGCACGGACUCGGCGUGUCACACAAUGACGAUUUGCCGUCGCCCGGCACUUUCCUUGUUGCGCGCGCCGACGUGGCGCGUGUCAUGCGUGAGGCUGUGAUCGAGCGCUCUGCAGGAGACGUCUCCGAGACAUUUCCGAUCGAGAGUCUCCCGAGACACAGCGCUGCGGCUUCUUGCCCGUGGCAUGCCCGAGACAGCUCCGAGAGGCACCGACGCUGCAGCGACUUGUGGCGGCCCGUGUGGCACCCGACAGUCCACGAAACCGUCCUCGAAGCUUGCGCUUCGGUCUCUGCAACGACCCCGGCGCCAAGGUACCUGCCGACCUGCCCAAGCUGCUGCAAGAGGCGCGCUGGCCGUGGCAGGCGCGGUGAUGUCUCAGUCUCGGAGGUUCGCCGCACAAGUCACCUGACACCUUGUGUGUCGGGAAGUGUCUCAGAAGGGUCUCUCCACAAGUGCCACGGAGAAGUGUCUCGGAAGUGGCCGUGGCAGGAAACGUGCAGUGGAUGACCGAGGCUGAUGAGAGAAACUGCUCACGAGUCAUGUCUCUCGAAAUGCUCACCGGGAGGUCGCGUUACCACAAUCUUGAUUUUGGUCAUUUGCGCCAUUUCGUACCUC